UGCAACCCGUCAGGACGUCAGUUUGCUAUCGCACCGCGACACGGUCGGGUCUUGUUCCGUGAUCGUCACGUACACGUACGUACACGUAUACACGCGCGCUACUCCGCGUCAAAAUUCUUUCGAGAUUGGUAACAGUUACCACGCGAUCGGUAAUCGAUAUAUUCAUACACAUGCUCGAUGCGAGAUGACACUAAUCGCGCGUUCAAAGUUCGCGAUCGUGUGAGAAAAAAGUCACCUAAUCCCCCGUUCGCGGACGAAUGUCCCACUGCAGAUGACACGAGUUCGUUGAAUUUCCUGUGCAAGUAACCGUUACACGUGUACAUAUACGCUAUCUGCGUAUUAAUACGCGGAUAAUCUUCGUAUAAUGCGUACGAUAUUAACAUUGAGAUCGGUGAAAAGUUUCGUGCCCUUGAAGUAGUAGGAAAGUGACUGGAGAUUUGUUGUCCUUCGGAGUGUUCUCGUAAACGAACACAGUGCGCAGAAAAAGUUUGUUGUUGUCUGCGGGCGAAAUCGAGUGAUACGUUUUUGUGACUUCUCGGAUAACACUUGUUGGAAGACGCUAUGUGGGAACAGUUAAGGUACACGCUUUUUUAAACACUUCGAGAAACGUUUCUUGGCUGGAGAUUUGAAUCUUUAACGGUGUAACGUCUACUCGAUCGUGGCAUCGUGCGCGAAUAUAUCCACCGUAGCGCUGAUGUGCGAUCGAGAAUCGAAGGUGCGCUGUAAUCGACCGCGAUAAGUCGUAUAGAAUCGAAACGGAGACACGAUUGGAAUGUUCCUGAAAGUUCGCCGAAUAUGCGAAAUACAAGUGCACGAUUAAUCGACGCACGUACGCGUAACCGUCGAUGGUUAUCAAGGGAGUUUCAAUUAAAUCUCCCGCGGGGAAGGUCAAGUGCGCUGUGUGAGCGACAUUCAGUUUUCAGUUUUAAUUAAAAUACACCCGAGAUUGCCAUCAACGUGGCUGUGUCUGAAAUUAAUUAGCGACUCCUAGAGACAACGACAAAAGCGUAAGGUCAGCAAACGGACAUCGUACCUCUUUGGCCAAUGUACGAAAAAGAUAUAUUCUAAAAAAAAAGGGUGUCGGUGUGACAGUUGAAUCGAGGGGAGUGUUGUUUUCCGCUCGAAAGAUUCGAUAUAUCGAUCGCUGUAAGAUCACCAGGAAAUAAAGAAGGAUAAAGGAAAAAAAGAAAAGAACAAGUCUCGGUGUGUUUCAUGUGGUUGGAAUUCGCGUGUGCGACGACUUAACGAGAGAGUUCGAUCAGAUUUUCGUUAAACGCCUUUUCGCGAGUGAUAAAUUGUGUCGUUGCGUGCGGAAAUAGGACAUAAGCAGGAAAGAAGGAUAGGCGAGAGAAAAAGUGGGGAAAAAGUGAACAGCCUUUCAUUCCUCGACGCAUCCACCACGGAGUGAUGAAAGCGGCAUAGCAACGGCAAUAGAGCUCUAUCCAACGUCCAAGAGGCACGUAUUAUGUGAGGUGAAACUUGCAACGAGGCAAACGAAGAUGUCCGCCAUCAGCGUGGCUGCAUGGCUGCUCAGCGCCGUUGCAUUCGCCGCGAUUAAUAACGGGGUGCACUGCUACAGUAUGCUACACGGAAGCAGCGGAAAGAAUAGCAACGUUCAUCAGAACAGCCUGGAUGACAGCAGUACACAAUCUGGUCCGUACUUCGAUAUAUCGAAUUCGAAGAACGUGACCACCAUACUGGGCAAAACUACGUACUUGAAUUGCCGCGUGAAGAACUUGGGAAACAAAACGAUGACGUUGCAGGUUUCCUGGGUCCGGCACAGAGACGUUCAUCUGCUCACUAUCGGUCGUUACACGUACACGAACGACCAGCGAUUCAGGCCGAUUCACAAUGCACAGACAGACGAUUGGACGCUCGAAAUCAAGUAUCCGCAACUACGGGAUAGCGGUUAUUACGAAUGCCAGGUCUCAACGACGCCGCACAUGAGUCACAUCGUAUACUUGGACGUGAUCGUACCGAAAACUGAAAUCCUGGGUGCACCAGACCUAUACAUCAAUCGAGGUAGCACGAUCAAUCUGACGUGUGUGGUUCUCCUAAGUCCUGAGCCGCCAGCCUACAUAUUUUGGAAUCAUAACAACGCUAUAAUCACCUACGACCCGACCAGAGGCGGCGUAUCUGUGGUCACGGAAAAGGGUGACAUCACCAAGAGUUUUCUACUGGUGCAGGAAGCAAAGCCAUCGGACUCUGGCCGGUACACCUGUAAUCCCAGCAACGCUCAAUCAAAAUCGAUUACCGUUCACGUACUCAAUGGAGAGUAUCCCGCGGCAAUGCAGCACGGCGGUCAAGCCAAGCAACCGAGGCUCUACUCCCUUCUGCUCUGUCUGUGUCUGCUGCUUUACUAACCGUUUUAUCCCGGAUACGCUACUCCCCUUCUUUCUUCGCGUGGACGAACGGUAAACGAAAGACUUCCGCCGUGAGAUCCAACGAUCAGGGGUCGAUCGCUGCCCCAUCGAGGAAAGUACGCGCGUUCGUGCAACCGGAAAUCGCACGGUGCGGUGGUGCAGUGAUCCAGCGAACACCUAACCACGACGCCGGUACGUCGAUGAAAUAGUGUAUGCGAACGUUUGCGUCGCGUCGGCAGUCAAUACGCGACCUCGUCGACGCUGUUAAAAGUUUCAAAGUUCGAGACGAACUGAUGCGAGAAUUACGUGACAGCCCUGUGAAAGCGCGAGAGUUGGCCCGAAACGUAACGUGGCGUUGCGGGUUCUAUAUGCGCGCGAUCUGAAACGAACUACGACGUCGAGGGCGAUGAUGCGGCAAGGUUUCGACGACGCAACCAAGUGACUGAUCGUAAUCGAGAACGAACACGCACUACGCUAUGUAAUAGCUCUUGACACGAGAAUAACGUUGUCUUGGCAGUGGGUCGCGAAAUGAAAAAGCUCGAAGCAGCCGUAAAACGGAGCAGCGAACUGAAACGGUGAAAGACAAAGAAUCAGCGAUCGAGAGGAAGACACAGAACGGAACAAACAUCGGGACAAAAGUGAAUCGGAGUAUCGAAGAUCGUCUUUCCUUGCGUUUGAAAAGUGCGUAGAUACGAAAAAGGGAAGAUAGAAGGUAGACGAGUGAAAAAGAGAAAGUACAAAAAGAGAAAGCUAUGUGGAGUCAUAGACCGACGGAUUCGUUUUCGUACGUCGUCGGAUCGAAAAGGGUGAAUCGUUGCCACGCAACCGUAACUUUGAUCGCGUCGAGGGUAUCGCGAUGCUGUACACUAAUAUCGACAUCUGUUAGGCAGAAGGACGAUCGAAAGAUCGUUAAAGAUCGAACUUAGCCAUUAGCUUUUCGAAGUUCGAUCCGCCUAUAAUCGCGUCCAAACUCGCGGCCUCCACGCUGAAAUCGCUCAGCACCACUUAGUUCCGGAACUGAAGCCCUCGUCACGACGAUAUUUAUACGCGAUACGCUUUCGAUGGAAACAAUGAGUUGGUGAUCUCUCGUGCGACGAAUGAAACUAAAAAAAAAAAAUAAAAUUACAAAAAAAGAAAAAGAGGAUCUCUCUGGAUAAUUCUAGUCAUGUAAGAAUCAACUUCUCGAACUCACACGUUUUUUCUAACGGAUUCAUCUACUAUACUUUUCAUUCGUUUCACCAAUACCACGUUCUAUUCAGUCGUUUCUCUUACGUGUCAUCUAUUUGCGUCGUCUCUUUCUCGCUCGGUUGCUUUCAACGCCAACCGGUCACAUGUAAGGCGGUCUAAUUUACGAGACACGAGCAUGAUCGCGAUCCACGUGUUACGUGGAACGGAAGUCAGUAUACGAUUAAGCGUAACGAAUGAAUUUCACAGGCUGACGCACGCUGGCGAAACUCGACUGCGACCGAGCAAUUAAUUUACCGUUAUCACGACUCGAUCAUAAUAAGUUUAUUUACUUCGGCGACCGAUACACACACACAUACAUACAUACAUCACCACAAGCAAAUUUCCACCGUAUGGCAAAACUGACGUUUCACGCAAAUCGAUUAAUGCGGAUGGUGUACUUACACACCACGAAAUUAAACGCCUGUUAAAACGCCGAACCGAAUGUGUCGUUGGCUCAUUGCAUAAAAAACUGCCCGCCAAGUUCUCAAAAAAUAAAUUAACAGUACGAUGAAUCGAUGUAUUGUUCGAUGGUUAUGAAAAAUUUAUUUUAUGCCAUUAAUGGUCUCAUUUUUAUCUCCUUUUUGGUAUCGUGAUAUUUAUAUAAAUACACGCAGACGUAAUUAUUUUAUCUCUCUGUAAUAUCGCAUUAAAUACUUUGAAAUGUUAUCUCGUUAACCCACUGCACCGUCGAUACGAUGGAUAAAUAUUUUAAUAGCUAAUCCUGAGAGAAGAUGUUUUAUUUGGUAAAUUGAUCAAUCUGAUCGAAAGGUUGUAAUUUAUACCGUAAUAAUCUCACCAGAACGAAAUUGAAGUAUCAUGCAGAAUAUCCAAUAUAAUGCAGAAUAUUCAUGCAAUUUUAACGAGAGUAUGAAUUUUAUUUUUCUCACGACCAUGAAGCAUAGAUCAAUAUCACGUCUUUUUUUUUAUACCCAAGCCGAACGAUGGUUUCCGAACAAUUUAUUUUAAAACUCAAUUGCAAUGUGCGUCUUUUCUCGUACGGUAAUAUUCGAAACUGCGAACUCGCAUUUUCAUUGUUCCUGGUUUUAAAAAAAUCGUCGACGGUUGCGUCGAGAAAGUCGAUUCGAGGAAUCGAUGGCAUGGAACGGAGCAAAAGAAAAAAGGAGAGAAGCGAACGGGGCCAAGGAGUAAUAGACCGAAGCAAAAUGGAAGGGAUGGAAUACUCGAUAGAAGGUAUAAGACGCAUUAAAAAAACUGCUAUGAACGUAUUUGUCUAAUCGAUUGGCAGAACGUGAACGAAUAGGAUGCACGCGGUCGAAUUAACUUUCCUAAUUUGCUCCCUUCACGAGCUGGCUAUUCAUCAUCGCCGAGCAAAAGUUCAACUUGGAAAUGGAAUUUGGUAUAAUAGCAUCCGUCAUAAUCCGUGUCACUCACGGGAUAACAACGUUGUUCCUCGUAGCAAAUAAAAAUUUAUUUAAAUCCAUUCACCUAGAAUUUAGCCCGAGAAAAAGUUAGGUCAAACGAACAUUUAUUCAUGCAUUGUUAUAAAACUUUUAAAAGCAUGUAAUUUUAAAGACAACAACGUUACCAAGAGCUUUUCAAAUAUUUAUGUAACAAACGUUUUUAAUCGUUAAUUCCAAGUUCCUGGUUUUUCGAAUUUCAUUCUACAAAUGAAAUUGUCUUCGAAUGCUUUCCAAUUACCAAAAUAAUCCUCUUUGGUUUCUGAAAUGCACGGCGGAUUAAUUAGAGCAAACGGUUGGUGGUCUUCUCUGUGUAAAUGCGGACACACAUAAAAGAUGAUUUUAUGCAUUCUCGAUUCGAUUUGAUCUUUAAAACUCCAGAACAUUCAUAUUCGACGAUGCCUUCAAUCCUUCCACUGCCAACAACGAUGAACGAUAUUCGAACAAAGUACAAUAAAAAUAAAUACGAUAUAACUAUCGUAGUAAUCGUGCAUCGAUAUCAGUAUUUCUCGAAAGAUUGCAUUACUCUAUCCACAUAUCAAUCAUACGAGCGAUACUAAUGUCGCGAACGUUUGAGAAAUAAUAUCGCGAAUGUUUGAAAAAUUGAAUUUUUUUCCACGUCGAUUCGAUAAUUUUAAUCUUCCAUCGUUCUUUGGACGAGAAAGUGCACACGCGGAUUGAAAUCUGACUGAAUUGCAGAACAAUCGUCAAUUGCAAAUAUGUAUACAACAAUUACGUAUGAAAUCCGAGCCGAUAAUAAAUCUCGAACGCUUUUAUACUCGACACGAUUUUAUAUAUAUUGACCUUUUAGGUGGGAUCUUUUCUCCCGCAAUAAUGGAAACGAACGAUCAGCCGUCGAUACGAAAGAAAUGCAAAAUAAAUUGGAAAUGCCGUUUCUUAAGUACGUCCGUAGCCAAUCGUUUGUAACGCAAUUGGAGAAUAAUAAGUUCGAUGCAAAAUAUCUUCUUAAGCGAAUAAAUUAAAUUUAAUGGCGGUUUAAUAGGUGAAACAGGCUCGAUAAAAACGAUCGGUUCUUUCUGUCGUUGAAGCUCAUACAAAACAGGGAAACGUCAACUAAUCGGUUUUAUAUCAAAGUUUAUCCUACGGAAGCACAAAUUAUCCGUUUCUCUACAAUUUCAUAAGAUAUUUGUUAUAUUAUAAUUAUUCCAUUAUACCAACAGGUAAAACUGUGAUAAUUUACGUUUAUUUGUAAUACACAAAACGAUUCGUUAUUUCGUUGUUUAAAUAAUUUCAUAGCUGUUUCUAAGAAAUUUCUAUUUUGUGAAUCUAACAAAUUAUUCGAUACGAGGAAAUUAAACAAAAAAUGGACUUACGCUCUUCUCGAGAUUGUAUGUUCUUGCUCUUCGUAUGCAAUCAAAUUAUGGGAAUAAGUAGAAAAACGAAGAAGAAAGAGCGAGGAAAACUAUGAAUAACGAAUGAACAGGAACCGUGGCGAAUAUUUUAAUCCGAGGACCUAGCCAACGAAACGAAGGUCGAGUAAUAUCUACUGGUGAACAAACGUGAUUAAAAAACUUUGCCUGGGUCAUAAUGCAGCGGGUUGAUUACAUGUAAGAACGUUUCCCUGCUGACUACGUGAAUAUAAUCGCGUCUCCAUAACGUCCACGAUAUCACGAGAACCUCGCGAGAAAUAAUGAUUGCUGGUUCGAGCUUGAUUUUGGCUUGUUCUUACCUCUUCCGUUUCAUAGUGUGCUGUUGGAUCGUGCGCGAUUGCGGUAAAUUUUUUUUUUCUGCCUGAAAAUCGGACGAUUUCUCUACAAAAGGGGGAAGGAACGGAAAAAAGCGUCGAGGGAAAAGAGAACGUGAAACGGGUGAAAAAGAAAGGUUGAAGGAAGGGAACGAGAGAGAGAGAGACAGACAGACAGACAGACAGACAGAGAAAGAAAGAAAGAGAAAGAGAGGAAAAAAAAGAAAGAACAUAGGAAACAAGGGCAAAGACGGCGGUGGCGGCUGCAACAACGCCGGCAUUCGCCGCUGCUCCGCCGCCAUUUAUCAAGCUAAACGCGAGGUGCACCGCAUAAUGUUCACGCCGAGGUUCUCCACCCUCGGCCCUUGAGUGGAGACGCCUGCAUUGCAUACUGUGCUCAUGUAUCGCCACAGAAAUUCGUGUGCUCGCGCGUACAUCUACACACCAGUGUACACCACACGCAGACAUACCUUCCCAGAAACGCUCGAAUUACGGACGAUUAAACGCUGACCGAUCGGAAUCGCUACCUGACCGUUGCUCUCUGCUUUCACGAUCGCUCAUCCAUUGUAGCACUAACAUUAAGGGAUUAAAGUCGAUGACUCGAUACAUUUAACGUGAAUAAACAUUUUAGAAUUAUUUGUAAAAUAGUUUUGCUUUCCUUCUUUCGUACGUGAGAUUGAAAAUGGAUGAUUUAUGGAUGAUUCUUUAAAUCUUUCUUUCUUGUUUCGUAUUAAUGGUAAUAUAUUGUGACGAAAUAUUAUUUUAAUCGUAGCUUAUGUUUGGUUUCUGAUUUAAUAUCACCGAUUAUGUUUGAUACUUCAAUAUUUAUCGAUUAUUAAUAGACCAUCUGGUUCGACAUCGUCCAAAGAUCCAUAAAUAUUUAAGAAAUUAUGUCUCCAUACGAAUUUCUCUUAAGAAAUUAUCGAAAUAAAAAUAAAAAAACAUAUGAAAAUAAUUGACAAGAACAAACGAGUAGAAAUUAAAAUUUAAUUUCCUUCGAUACGAAAGUGCACUAUACAUCUGUAUACCAAUAGUACCUGAUAGAUUGAUAUCGUGGUAUACUCCAUUUCGAAUUAAUUCCGGAGCUAAUUAACAGCUAGUCAUGGGUUAAGAUUUGAUUUAUGAAAUUACGAAAUAUUAAAUGGUCAUAAAUCAUUAAUAUUACUAUAGCAUUUUACUGGAUGUAGUCGUACUUCAGUUUCGGAUAAACUCGUUAGCUCUUGAUACCUGUUAACCGCGUUUAGGAAUAAUUUAUGACUAUGGAAAUUCAUGUCCCUCGAAAUUAUAUCUUUGUUACGAUGGCUAAAAGGACGACGCGACGCGAUAAAGUGCGCCGUGGUGCAAUACAAAAGCUCGUGGCGUUAUAAAAUAUUACGUUACGAUAAGGCGCUAUUAUUCUCGUUUCAUCGCGUUAGAUAUAAUGUUACAUCACUGGCAUAAAUUAAUGAAUGGCUAUCGUUUGUUAUUUAGUAAUAUUUUAUUCUAAGAAAGACGUCCUGGAAAUAACUGACAUUAUUCUUCAUUAUCAUUAUCGUACGAACAAUACGUUGAAGAGAAAGUACAGAAAAUUAUCCAUAAAAUUUCACCACGUCGGAAAAUUUUUCAUCCCUAUAAUCUUCGUAAAUUUCAUUCGUUGAUAAAAUUCUAAUUGCAAUAAUUGUAGUCGAGUCUUGGCAUCGCUGUAUUUUGCGAUAAUUUAAUAGCAAAAAAAAAGAAGCUUAUUUCUCCUUCAAUACAAGAGAACAUACCAAAAGGAAAGGUGUAGAUCAAAUAGUGAUGUUGAAAUAAAAUGACUGCACGACAUGCAACGGAAAUUUAUCGAUAUUUCCAUCCGCGUUCCCCUUUUUACGAAUAUCACGAAUAGUUUCCAUGAAUACGAAACGAAACAAUAUCUGCCGUGCAAGUCCAGCACCCUGUCCCUUCUUUCGGUGUCGGGAAAAUCUGCUUUAAUUGAGAACUAAAUCUGUUUUACUCGAAGCUAAAUGAAAAUAUUUGCUCUCUGACGUUGAACUCCCUAACAAACAUCGUUAUUUAACUUGCUCGGAAGGUAUAAAUAUAUAUAUACAUAUCGUCGUGCAAAGAGACACGUAUAUAUACAUAUAUGCAUGUAAUGCAUGUGCACAGAAAGAAAGAGCCGUUGCAGAAGGAGAAUCAGAAGAACCAGGCGACCAUGAAAAGACGUCUCUGCCCAAAGGAGAGGAUAUAUAUCUCGGACUUCUUCAUUUAACGACACGAUGGUCAGUUCUCGCAGUAUUCGCCACGAUUCACAAGCGUUGGAAUAAAAAUUCAUAGGACUUUACCGGUCUGAAUUAUGAAUGCGAACGUUUUAAUCAUUGCCACGCCAGUGGCGGAGAAAUGGUCGGGUCACAAUUAUAUAAACUACCGUGUAUCAUACAAAUGCAUCUAAACUUUUGUGCCCGUGUAAUUUCCAGGUUAUACGGGAAACCAGCAACCGGUGUAGAUUAUAUUGAAAGCGUUCGUGGCUUGGUAUUGUUAUUUCCAUGGUCGUGCCGGUGACACUAAAAAUAACGUUUAUUUCUGCCGGCGAUAAAUACCGAAGGAAAAGCUCGGGCGGGAAACCGGCGAAAGGAAAAAGGAAAAUAUACGAAAGGACAGUUGCUUGGAUAAACAAAGAUAAUACCCGAGCCCGACCUUAUUGAUCGUUCCUCGUUAACGCGACACUAACCGUCUACUACUUAUUUUCGUAAACGGUCGCAGAAGCUUUCACAUCGUUCAGCGAGCAACGUGUGCGCACGAUCAGCGAACGCGGAGAACCAUUUCGCGAAAAUAGAAACGAAAAUACGAAUCUGAACGGAAGAGAGAAAUUUUGACAGUGAUUCAUGCCCGUGUGUAACCUAUUUCUAUUCGAUUCGCUAUCGAAAUAUUCUGCUUUUCUUUCCGAUAUUUUUUAUUUCUCAAUCCUUUUUUUCAUACCGUCUACUUUUUCCUUUUUUCUUUUUUUUUUUUUUAUUAAAAGAAGUUAAAGCGAAGGGUAAGCGACCCAGAUUAAAAGUGAACUGGGAACGAAAAAGAUUCGAAAAUGUGUUUUACAUCGUACAAAGGGAGCGUAGAUAAAGAUGGGAAAAAGAGAACGUAGGAAAAUGAGAAGACGUCUGUCCAUAAAGAGAAGGAUAGUACUCGUCUUGCUUUAACGACCAUAGCUACAUCACGCUCGCCACGUCAUUUAUUCCCCGAGAAAUGAAGAUAUCGCUAAAGAAAUAUGUACAUAUUUGUCUUUUGUCACGGCCUGAAAAAUAAUCACAAAUAGUGUUGGCAAGCUGCGGGAACCAUGGCCAGUUGACUAUUACUCUGUCGUUGUGUACAACAGGGAAUAACGAACGCGAGACAGAUUUUAACGAUCGUUUUUCUACGUUUGUGUCUUCCUGAAAAUUCAUUUCAAUAGAUUUAUAACAGAAAAUUAAAAAUGAUUUAUAAUUAAUCAAAACUAUUUAAACGUAACUUGGAUUAGUAAUCCGAUAAAAAAUAACUAAAUAGAAUGGCAGCGGUUUUAUAAUUUUAUAUUUCAUUGCCUUCAAACUAAGAAACAUUUAUCUAAGUAGUUUAUUAUUUAUACUCUGUAUAUUCUUAAAAUCGUUAAAAUUACUUGUAAUUUUGAAUCGUAUUAAAUUAGCUGCUUAAAAUGAUUUCUUCUCGUAGAAAUUAUUAUGCGGAAAAUAACAAAUAAUAAAUGAAAACUAUCUUAGAGAAUAUAUUCCGAAAUAAAAUAUUACAUUUCAUAAUAAAUAAUCAAUGACAACGUAACGAUAAACCACGAUUGCAAAAUAUUUUUGAUUAUUACUUUUGUUAUAAUAACCAAAAGCUAAUUACAGGUUUAAUCUUAUUACGUGUAUCUAACAUAAAGAACGGUGUAUCAGAUGAUGCAACGCAUGAGAUCGAUAAUGCAUUAACUGUACCCGGGGGCUGUGUGCAAUUUCAUUCCGCGUUAAUUGACGAUUAAUUUCAAAUUUGCAAUUUGGAACUUAUAACUCCAACUUCUAUUCCAUUAUCGUGCAUGUUAGAACGUGUGUAAAAUCGAAGAAUUACUUUUGCUCAACAAAAAGAUACAUAUCUCGUCAUUCGUCAAAACACGUACAACUUCCAACCAUGACUUUUAAAAAAUAUGCCAAGCAAUGUUCAUUUGUAUAAUAACAGUAAAAUUAAGUAUUUUUCAAAAGAAUUUCUUCUAUAAUGCGAUUCUUAUACUUCAUUUUUCUCAGGAUCAAAAAAACAAAAGAACUGAUUAUUAGAGAUUAGUAAAUUGGAAAAAUGAAUCCUGUUUAUUUCUAAAUUGUUUUCAUAUUAUCCUUUAUAUCCAUACAGCGAUAUCCAACAUAUUUUAGUUGAAAGAAAAUUUAUUUGAGAUCGUAAACAAACUGAGAACCAAUAAUCAACAUAUUCGAAAAUUUGAGGUAAUGGAAGCGUACAGCAAUUUAAUCUUGAUAUUUUUGCUGUAUACGUUUGCCUGAAAUGUAUGGCUAUUUAUGAACGAGCAAGAUUUCAAUUUACAACUUCCAUAAUCAUAAUAAAAAGACGUGAACGUGGUCUAGAAACGUAAUUUGCAUCGGUAUGCAUCACGUAAUUCGCGAUGAAUUUUCUCUCGACGUUUAUGAGUAACGUUGAAAGAAAUGUUAUUACGAGUUUGGAGUAAAAAGACAUUGACAAGCUUUAUUUCAUUCCGACGAAAAUCUAGGAAAUAUCUUCAAAUUAGUUUCAAUUUGUAUGACUUUUCGACAAUUGAAAGAUUAUAUCAUCAUUAAUUUAUUUAAGAGAUUACGUUAUCAAACAUGUUAAUUAUAUACACAAACCUUUCUUACAACCUAUCUCGGUUAUUUAUAUUCGUAUCUUAUACUUCCUUUAAUAUAACUUUCUUAAUAAAUCAAAAUAAGUUAAACCAAUCAGACGUACGAAAGGAAUCUUAACUCGAUGAAUAAGUAACUUACAUUAAACGAAAUACUGCAAUUGUCAAUAUAUAUCGACAACUACAUUACAUGAAUACUAAUGACGUGAUCUUACAAACUUCGAAUGUCUGACUAUAAACGUCUGUAACCACUUAUCGUUCGAGUAUUCAUCUACUGCAACUAUUUAUCCUUCGAUCACACCAAAUAAUAUAUGAUACCAUAAUUUCGGAAAUUCUUCCAUCUACGGCGUGCAUAAUAUCACGCAAUAACAUUCACAAAUUUUUAGAAAAAAAAAGCAGGUAACAGAAUCAGUCACGGCUGAAAAGAGACAAAUUAUACCGGGUUCAGAAACACAUUUAUCAUCGUAGCCAAUCUAGAGCGAGGCGUGGAUGUAUUUUUCGUGUAUACUAUUUCGGUUUGCAAUUCCAAUAGGUAAAUCACGGGGAGCGGUGUGCCAAAUGUGUCGUUGCAAACUGGAUUAGUAUUCACCGCGACACGCGAGCGACCAAGAGAAAUCUACAUGCCGUUUUAUAAGCUUGGCGUAUCGUGCAUCGAAUGAGAAACAACCGGAAGAUUCGUCAAACAUCGCCGUACACCGGUAUCGAAAGCAAUUUGCCUAUUUUAUCGCGAAUUUACAAUGCGUUUGGUGCAACUCGUUUCGCUUGUGUUACCGUUGAAAAUUCCAUCGUAUUCGUAUUCGCACGCGAUUCAAACGUCCAAUCAGACUUUCACGCUAUAACCGUGCUCUACGUUUUUACGGGAUCGUUGUAAACAUUUUCUACGAAACGUGUAUUCAAUAAUAAACACUUAAUUGAUCCAGCAUUCACGAUAAUGCGCGAAAUUGUCUGAAGAAGGAAAGACGAGAACGCGUUUCCAACAUUGCGAUCAAGUGUAUACAAGAACUCGAAACAAUUUAUCAUCGGCUGUGUCCCGGGGUUAAAUUGACACCAAGUGAUACAUACUUGAAUCGACGGUGUUAUUUGCGUAUGUGUGAAACGUAAAGGGUCAACGGCGGGCCGUAUAACUCUCUUCCUAACUUCGCAAAUCGUCGUGGAAAUCGUACUCUGCUGUGCAUUCGACCCUUUCGCGUAAGAAAGAAAAGUAUAGUAAAAAUGAAGUUAAGAUAUGAAAAAAAAUGUAUACACGAAUUUUGAUAAAUUCAUCUGAACGUUACUUCAAAGGGAAAAAAAUAUCGUAGUCGUUACUUAUAAGAGAAACUUACUGAUAAGAGAAAUUUUGUAUAUGUUCGAUUAAUUAAAAAAAAAAAAAGUUUUAUCCGUGAAAGGGUUGAAAAGAGAGGAGACAAUAGGACUGCCUUUUCGUCACUUCAGCCGAUUCGUAUCGACGAGUUUCUAAACUAGUCUGAUUAAUCGACGAUGAUUAAACGAUCAGUGUACCUUCCUCGGAUGUAAAUAUGUAUGAAAAUACCGUUUAGUUGUUUAGUUCGCUUAGACAAUAUCUAACGACGACGACAUGCCGCAUGACCGUUACACUACGAUUCGUUUUGUAUGAUACGCUGUAUAUGUAUAUUUUGACCAACCGACCACAGUUAUUAUUGUAAUCGUUAAACGAAAGGGAAAGAAAAAAGAUAGAAAAGAAACUAUAGGAGAAUUUGGCGUGAACGUGGGGAAGAAAGUGAAGGAAGCGACUGUAAUCACCUAUCAACGUCGAAAAAGAUAAAUGGUGCGUCGUCUCACGAUAUAAUCAUCAUGUAACAUAAGAGCUCUGGUAGUUUGACAAAUCGAGUGUAAAAGAAUUACGUCUACACAUUAUAUCGAUAUGCGUAAAACUAUACACCCGUAAACUAAUUGUAACACAACAUUACUGUCGUUGUAACGUUAUCGCCUAGUCAGUGUAAAAAAAUACAAAAGGGAGAGAAAAAAAGAAAAGCAAAAGACAAGAAAAAAGAAGGAAGGACAAAGUGAGAGAGACACUUAAUUGGAACCGUAUCGGGAGAACUGUGAAUAUAUAUUUACCCGUAUACCGAUCGUUACUUCUCGUGUGCACGCGCGUGUGUAUGUGUGCGUGUGUGAGUAUGUGUACAUCAUUAUGAGCGUUUUCCUCGGAAAAAUAUGAGAAAACAAAAGGAAGAAAGAGCGUGGAAGAAAGGAAAAGGGAGAACAAAACGCGUGUCUGUGAUUGUGGCUUUUCUAAAUCCUUCGCAAAAACUGUAUCAUACAACAGGUAGUGACGGCCGACUGUUUCUAGUAGGCCGGUAAAGUCAAAAAUAUUCGAAAGUCGCGCUCAUAACGGGGCACAUCGUAUGAAUAAAACCGUAGCACUCUCGUGGUGUUUCAUUUGUCACGCUGACUACGAAAGGAAAAUGUUCGUGGCUCUCUUACGAACCAGUUUGCCUUCCUUUCGUUCCUCGAUCAUAUUUUCGCCGAUCGUACAUAUAUUAUUUUCUCGCAUCGAUACUACUGGAUUUUCGAGUACUACGAAGAAGGUGAACACAGAAAGAUGAAUUUUUGGUAAUUAUUUACAUCGAGAUUAUAAAAUUUCGCGAUUCCAAAGAUAUUGAGAUAUUUUGUCAAUCUCCUGAGAAAUUUUAGGUACAUACAUGGCCGUCACUCCACUUUAGUUUCAGACAUAUGUAGAUUUAAAUACGAAGAUCAUCAAACAUGGAAAGUAAAGAACUCGUUAUAGCCUCUGUUCGAGUUCUAUUUCUUUAACCGUGUCGAUAAAAAUUAAAAUUUAUAUAAAUAUCCGCAGUCUAAUCAUCGUGUUUCGUACGAGAUUAGCAAGUGUUCUAAUAUUUAUGCGCGAGGGUGCGCAUGCAAAAUUACCAAGAACAUUAAUGUUGACUUUUAAGACCAUAAAUAUCAGUGGAGCGUAAAUCGUUGUAAAUAAUUACUGAAAAAAUGGCGAAAUUCCUGCGGUCUUCAAUGGGAAAAAGCGUCAGUUGGGUUGUUAGUUCUACAAAAAUUAAAUUGGAGUAUCGUCCACCGAGUCUCCGUAUGCCAUUAAAAUUCAUACCCGUGUGGUGUUACGAUUUAUGAUACAGCGAUUGCUGUCGAGCUGCAGAAAACGUUUGCGUUUCUUUCUACGACAAACAAACGGCCGCAUCGUGCGAGGGAAAGGAGGCAAAAGGACAACGUAUGUUGGAGCGUGUGCGCUCCGAGCGAGAACGGGUACGUGUAAAUAGUCGUUAGAGCUGGCGUCGCACGUCAAAACGAACAGGAAGGGUGGAAGAGAGAGAGAGAGAGAGAGAGAGAGAGAGAGAGAGAGAGAAGAUAAAAAUGGCAUGGAGAAGGCUACGGACUGAAUCCAAGUGGACUCGGACCGCGAUCCACGGAAAAACUUUCGCAGAUUUCGAGGGAAUAAUGGAUCAUCGCGCGAUGAAAAGGAAAUUAAGUCGUAAAGUUUCCACUCUCGAAUCUGCGACGCUUCUCCGCGCGGCACGAAUAGACUUCUAAUUGUGAAUAUGUAAGUAAGUAGAGUGAGAGCGCCGGGUAAAAAUGAAGUUUAUUCGAGAAAUUAAGAAGCUUGAUUGGAAAGAUUAUAGAAGGUAAGAAGGCGUAGUGAGAGACGGGCUUAAUUCGUUCAAUGGAGCCGUUCGUUUCGUUAGAAAGAGAGAGGAAGGCGGCAGGGAAAGUGCAAAGAGACGAGAAACGAAUGAAACGCGAGGAAAUAGGAAUAAAAUGCGAAUAAGCGAGGGAAAACGAGAAAAGGAGAGUCUGUAUAUUAUUGCUCAUCGGCACGGUUUGUACAAGCGGAAUUGACCCUUCGAACAUUUUCUAAAAAUUCCCUGUAAUGUAGUCGCGUUCUCGCUGAAAAUUGUUUUCCGUGAUCGUUAAGUUUCGUCUAAUCGAAAAGAACAAUUCUUCGUGAAAAAAUACCGAUGAAUCUAUCGUUACUACUCGAGAUUACGUCUAUGCACGUGAGACUAAUAAGAGCCAUCGAUCCAUUCGAAUAUGACUGGAACAAAACGGCUCGUAUUAUUCUGUCCUCGAUUAAUGGACUGCGAUAUCAAUAUCAAUCUGCCCGCAUUUCAUUCGUAAUUAUUCAUCUCGUGUCGAUGUUGCAACGCUCCUGACCGAAUAUCAGGAAAGCAUUGAUCACUGGUACCUACUCGAAAUAUGGGUCCGUUUGCAUUUUGUUGCUCGUUGUUUUACAUCUGGCAUGCCCUUUUGUAUCGUUUAUUACACCGGACUCGCUUCGCGUUGCAUAUCAUUAACCUGCGUUCACGGUGUACCCCUUCGCGUAUAAUAUGUUCAUCCUUUCUAUCUUGUAUCCGUGUUUGCUCCCUUUGGACCUCGAAAUGAUUUCGAUUAGCAAAGCAGGGAUUUGCGGAGCAACACGCUUGUUAUCCGAAGAACAUCGAAACGCGUAUUACCCCUGAAACGUGUAUUGCAGUUUGCUGUCAGUGCUGUGACAACACUGACAGGUCAGUCCUCUACCGUAUAUACCUUGAAUAGCCAAUAAAUCGAAUAAAAAGCGACCACAUUGUAUGAAUUUCGUCCGGCUGCCAGUUCAUACCACGUGAGCCGCAUUCGAGUGUAAGAAUCGAACAAAAAAGAGAAAAAAAGAGAGCGAGCGAACGAACGAGCGUGUGUACGUGUGCGUGCGAGCGUGUAAAUAUUGUCGAAUUACUUCAAUUAAUCGAGACUCGAUCGACACGAGCGUUCACUUUAAAUGUAACGAAGGAAAAACGAUGUAAGCUAGAAUAUAACGUCGCACUCGACGCGAAUCGAAAAGAAGACUCGAUUCACUUGUACAUCCACUUUAGAUUUUUAAGUUAACACCAAUCGACUGCCAAUCUAGAGCACGGCGAUCAACAUGGAACAAAAUGAACAAAAAAUGAAAAAAACGAAACGACUUUCACAUCUGUUUUACAUCUAACGACAAAACUUCUUUUGCGUUCUCAGACACGCCGUACCACUUAUAGAUAGGCUAAAAAUAUACUUAUUAAGUGUUUCGUCUAGCCUACGAUGUAUAUUGUAUCUAUAAUCAGAAAUAAAUUAUCGAUCGUAAAGUUC